CUGGAAAUUUCAUCAAACUGUCCCACCAGACCAAUAUGAAACUAGGAAAAAUUCAAAAUAGCAAGUGGCAGGUCUUCAUCCACCAAUCAAGGAUAGUACCUCGAUUGUCCUCUUUUCUACCCAAGUCCUACUGCUUAUUCAAACAACCCAAUCAAGACUGCAUCCUCUCAUCGUCAUUGUCCUCAACCUAAACCAACAACCAAAAAAUAAAUUAACCCACUAAUCAUUCAAUCAAUUAACAAUAAUUAAGACUAAGAAAGAAUAAAACACACCAAGGCAAAAGGCAAAAGAAGCAUUCAGCCAACACCAUCACCAUCUUCAUCUGCUUUCUUUUCCUUCUCAGCCUGACAAACCCGACUUCCAAUUUUCAUGAGAAAGGGGGAAAACAGAGUUACAGAGAGGUUCUGUCACCAUGGAUAGACUGGUGAAGCCAGACGUGAAGGAAGUGGAAAUUGCGUUCAAGAGAGGCCAAAAGGGCACCACAACUUUCAGGUUAUCCAACCUCAUGCACACCAUGUCUGUAGCAGUUUCCUUGACCACCACAAAUCCAUCUGUUUUCUCUUUCACUCAGGCCUUCUCUAUAAUCCCACCCCUUUCCUCUUCAUCUUAUACUCUCGUCGUCUCUCAGUCUCCUGAUCAACCCACUAUCCGCGCUCCUCCUGAUGUCAUCACCGUUAAAUCAGCCAUGCUUCCCACCGGCAAGGCCCAUGUGGAAGAUCUCCGCCGCCUGUUUUCAAGACCCGGACCGCAUAUUUUUAAAGACGCCACCAUACCCAUCUCAUUUGUGGGUCCCCAAGUUGCUGAAUAUCUAAUCUCCAAUCAUGCCCAAAUACCUGAUGUCUCCUCCCAUUUUAAUAGGGCUAUAUCUGGGUGUUCGGGGUCCCAGAUCACUGCCCUGCUAGAAUCCGCUGUAUUAUCUGGUGAUGCCAAUUUGGUAGCGCAAUUGAUAGAUGCCGGUGGAGAUGUGAAUUGUAAGGACUCAGAGGGACGGUCCAUGAUCACUCAGGCAGUUAAAGUAGGAAAUACAGACGUCGUUAAGGUAUUGAUCGCCUCUGGUUGUUUGAUUGAUGAGUUAAUAGAUAAGGUUUUGUACGAGGCAGCAGCGAUAAACAGAGUGGAUCUGAUUGAGGUUCUUUGUCGUAAUUUCAAAGAUAUUGAUGUGAAUUCGAUUGAUUUACACGGUAGAACUCCAAUUCAUGUCGCUGCAAGUUGUGGGCAUGUUGAAGUGAUUCGGUUUUGUGCUUCAAUUGGAGGAAGAGGCGACGUUGUGGACUGUAAUGGGUGCACUCCGCUUCAUUUAGCUGCAGAGAAAGGGCAUUUAGAAGCUGUGGAGUGCUUAUUAGAAUGCUCAGGUUAUAUAAAAUAUGCAGUGAAUAAAGAAGGAAAGACAGCUUUCGGUGUAGCAGUAGAAAAUGGGAAUUCACAUUUAUAUGGGUUGCUGCAACUGGGAGAUAUGUUGCAUAGAGCAGCGAGAUUGGGCGAUGUUAAUGGGAUAAGGAGUUGCCUUGCAGAGGGAGCGAACGUGAACGAUAGAGACGAAAAUGGAUGGACGCCUCUGCACAGAGCUGCGUUUAAGGGGAGGAUUGAGUGCGUAAAAGUAUUGCUUAAUCAUGGUGGUCGAGUUGAUGUGGUUGAUGAUGCUGGGUACAGCCCUCUUCACUGUGCAGUUGAAGCUGGGCAUGUUCAGGUUGCUGUGUUGUUGAUUUCUCAUGGGGCUAAAGCCAAUGUAAAGAGUCUCAAGGGUGCUUCCAAUUUGAAGAAGGAAUUGUGCCAAAACAAGUUAUCCACUGAAUUUUCUUCUUGUGUUUUGUAAUAAUCUGUAAAAAACCUAGAUAGUAUUUUUGGGGAAAUUAUUGAGUUUUUAGUGCUUCUUCUGCCCCCAUAAACAUGGAUUUUUCUAUAAAUUAUAGCGAAAGAGCACAUAAUCCCAAGUCCCAUGUAUUGUAUAAUUUACCUGUUUUUGCAACGCUGGGGAAAGCUUCGAGAAAAAGUGGUGAAACAUGUGGCGUUGCACUCCUAUUUUAGCUAUGCUAAUCCAAUUUUCAGUUUUUCUUGUGUACCAUUUGGAGGAUCGAUUUUAUGAUCAAAUGAAUGAGAUUUAGCUUUAAA